GGGGGUGCCAACCCGUUACGUUUCUAAGCGCCAGUUUGCCGCCGGCAUCGUAGGUGAGCGGUCGUUUCGCGGUCGGCGUGGGCCUAUAGUGUAGGGUACAUCGUAAAAUAAUUUUGGUUUUUGAAUUGUUUAUUUUUUGUGAGAGUCAUGGACGCUCAAACUCCGUGUUCAUCAUUUGGCAAACAGCGACGUAAACGUCGUCUUGUUUUUGUUUCUUCUCCGGAUACAUCAGAAAAUGAAGAAACUGCGACGACUUUGACACGUUCUAAGUAUACAUCACGAACAGAAAUAUUAGAAAAUGAAGAAUCUGCGAGUUCUAGCUUGCCCCAUACAUUUCGAAGAAAAAAUACUGUUAUUCAAGAUUCUGCGGUCACAGAAAUACUUGAACAUAUUGACUCUGACUUUAGCGCCUCGUCUUCCGAUAACUAUCAACCAGGGUCAACUGGUUCGUCGUCUUCAGACUCUGAAAAUACAGCCAUUGAAGAUGAUCAAGCCGAGUGCUCUACCGCAGAAGACGAACAACCUCAAUCGUCAGCGCCUCUCCAAGUUGAGCAGGAUUUGGCAUCACUAAACGCUCCUGGGCUGUAUCAAGGGCAAAGAGGACGUGAUAGACCGUCUGUACCUUGGUCAACAAUAAAUGAAGGUAUGAAAACUUUCGAUUUCACGGAAAACGUCGGUUUGAAAGUGCCUAUAUCUAGUGAAUCAAAACCAAUAGAUUUUGUGAGUUUAUUUCUUGAUGAUGAAUUCUUGACAUAUAUCGUUCAAGAAACUAAUAAGCAUGCUGUUGACGUUUUGGCGAAGCCAGGAGUCAGGCUAAAAUCAAGAAUAACGGACUGGAAAGACACAAAUGUCGCGGAGAUGAAGGUAUUUCUUGGCUUAAUUUUGCAUAUGGGCAUUAUACGUCUUAAUCGUUUGACAGACUACUGGAAAACAGAUCGAUUAUUGAACAUUCCAAUUUUCCGACAGUAUAUGUCACGCAACAGGUUUUUGUUGCUGUUUAGAUGCUUGCAUUUUUCCAACUCAUCAACAGGGGGAUUGAACAAAGUCGAGGAAUUAAUCGAACGUUUUAAUAACAAGAUGGAGUAUCUAAUAUGCGCUCAGAAAGAAUUGUCACUAGAUGAGAGCAUGAUUCUCUACAGAGGUCGUCUAUUUUUUAGACAAUACAUAAAAAACAAGAGACAUAAAUAUGGAAUGAAGCUGUACAUGCUCACAGAACCCGAUGGCCUCGUUCUAAGACUGCAUCUGUAUGGAGGUUCGGCUGAUAUAACAAGUGGAAAAGGGCACACAGAAAAGGUGGCUCUACACCUAUUGAAAGAUUUCCUAGAAAAAGGCCAUUCCAUUUAUAUGGAUAAUUUUUACAACGGGUAUAAUUUAGCCGCGAAGUUGUUAUCUCACAAGACUUUUUGCACAGGAACUCUGAGAAAAAAACGUGAAUGCAAUCCAGACAUCGUCAGUAGUAAGAUGAAAAAGGGAGAGAAUAAAUCUGUCUUUCAUAAUGGCAUUCACAUUGGCUGUUACAGAGAUAAACGUUACAUUCCUUACAUAUCGACAGAACACGACGAUGAAAUGAUUACAAACAGAUUUUCUGGGAAACGCUUGAAUAUGUACGACUUCAGAAUGUCUCUAAUAAAUGAGUUACUACCGCCAAAAGUUUCUUCAGUUUCAACUGGUUCACUGGUUCCCACUCGUUUAGAACGUGUUCACAAACUAACUAAAAUAGAAAACAAAACCGAAGAAACUAAAAAAGAUGCGCCAGGACAUGUUCGAAAAACUAAUAGAAUAAAACGGAAAGUUUGUCGGCAAUGUACCGCUGUAAAAAAAAUUCGUAAACAAACUCGCUACCACUGUGUUUUAUGCCCAGAGCAGCCGGGCCUUUGUGAUCAGGAAUGUUUCGAUGCAUAUCAUGCUAGUUUGAAUUAAAUUUUAUGAUAAGUUUUGUAA